AUGCCCAAGGAGCAAACAGCUGACCCAGGUGGACACCACCAUCUCUACGCCUCCAGCUCCCAGAACCCCGGACCCGCUCGCUCCACAGUCCGCUGGGUCUCUGCUUCCCAGGUUUCUGAGAUCCGGAACCGGCCGGCCGCGAGGGGACCCCCGGCUGCAGCCCCGGACGGCGCCGGGCGCCCCAGCCCCAGUUCAAAGCGCAGGGGGCGCGUCCGCCGCGCAGCCGGGAAUGCGGCAUGCGGCCCCAGCCCCCCGCCGCCCGGGCUCGGCCCCGGCCCGAGCCCCGGCCCUGGCCCCGGCGCCGGCCCCGCGGGACGCUGUGAGCCGCGAGAGGCCCGGGAGCCACGCGCCGAGCCCCGCGCCCCGAGAGCCCCCAUGGCUGCGCCGCGCCCCGUGCCCCCGCCGCGCUCGCCCCGGCUCCUGCUGCCGCUGCUGCUGCUGCCCGCGCUGCUGCUGCCCGCGCCGGGCGAGGGUCUUGGUCACUCUGCCGAACUGGCGUUUGCCCUGGAACCUAGCGAUGACAUUGCUGUCCCUGGGCAGCCUGUGGUGCUGGGCUGCAAAGUGGAGGGGACCCCACCCGUGCGAAUCACCUGGAGGAAGAACGGGGUGGAGCUGCCAGAGAGCACCCAUGCGGCCCUGCUGGCUAACGGGUCCUUGCUGAUCCCUCACUUCCGGGUGGAGCAGCCAGGCAGCCUUUCGGACGAGGGUGACUAUGAGUGUGUGGCCCAGAACCGCUUUGGGCUGGUGGUCAGCCGGAAGGCGCGCAUCCAGGCUGCAACCAUGUCGGACUUCCACGUGCACCCCCAGGCCACCGUGGGCGAGGAGGGCGGUGUGGCCCGCUUCCAGUGCCAAAUCCACGGGCUUCCUAAGCCCCUGAUCACGUGGGAGAAGAACAGCGUGCCCAUUGACACGGCCAAUGAGAGGUACACGUUGCUGCCCAAGGGGGUCCUGCAGAUCACAGGCCUCCGGGCUGAGGACGGUGGCGUCUUCCACUGUGUGGCCUCGAACAUCGCCAGCGUCCGGAUCAGCCACGGGGCCCGGCUCACGGUGUCAGGCUCGGGCUCCGGGGCCUACAAGGAGCCCAUGAUCCUCGUGGGGCCCGAGAACCUCACCCUGACGGUGCACCAGACCGCAGUGCUGGAGUGCGUCGCCACGGGAAACCCACGCCCCAUUGUGUCCUGGAGCCGCCUUGAUGGCCGCCCCAUCGGUGUGGAGGGCAUCCAGGUGCUGGGGACAGGCAACCUCAUCAUCUCCGACGUGACCGUGCAGCACUCGGGUGUCUACGUGUGUGCGGCCAACAGGCCGGGCACCCGGGUGAGGAGGACGGCACAGGGCCGGCUGGUGGUGCAGGCGCCAGCCGAGUUCGUGCAGCACCCACAGUCCAUCUCCAGGCCGGCCGGGACCACGGCCAUGUUCACCUGCCAGGCCCAGGGGGAGCCUCCGCCCCACGUCACGUGGCUGAAGAAUGGGGAGGUGCUGGGUCCCGGAGGCCACGUGAGACUCAGGAAUAACAACAGCACGCUAACCAUUUCGGGAAUCGGCCCUGAAGAUGAGGCCAUCUACCAGUGCGUGGCCGAGAACAGCGCGGGCUCAUCCCAGGCCAGCGCCAGGCUGACUGUGCUGUGGGCCGAGGGGCUCCCCGGGCCCCCUCGCAAUGUCCGGGCUGCCUCUGUGUCGUCCACCGAGGUCCAAGUGUCCUGGAGCGAGCCCUUGGUCAACACCAAGGAGAUCAUAGGCUACGUCCUGCACAUCAGGAAGACUGCCGAUCCUCCGGAGCUGGAGUAUCAGGAAGCAGUCAGCAAGAGCACCUUUCAGCACCUGGUGAGCGACCUUGAGCCCUCCACGGCCUACACCUUCUAUAUCAAGGCCUACACACCAAGAGGGGCCAGCUCAGCCUCCAUCCCCACCCUGGUCAGCACCCUGGGUGAAGCUCCUGCCCCACCCCUGCUCUCUGUGCGAGUCCUGGGUGGCUCCCUGCAGCUGCUGUGGGAACCCUGGCCCCGGCUGGCUCAGCUCGAGGGUGGCUUCAAGCUGUUCUACCGCCAGGCGGGCAAGGCUCCCUUCACCGGCCCCAUCCUGCUGCCUGGAACUGCCUCCUCCUACAACCUCAGCCGGCUCGACCCCAGCGCCGUGUACGAGGUGAAGCUGCUGGCCUACAAUCAGCACGGGGACGGGAACGCCACGGUCCGCUUCGUGUCCUUGCGGGGAGCAUUGGACAGGACAGCCCUGAGCCCGCCCUGUGACUGCCGGAAAGAGGAAGCGGCCGACCAGACGUCUACCACAGGCAUCGUCAUUGGCAUCCACAUCGGGGUCACCUGCAUCAUCUUCUGCGUCCUCUUCCUCCUGUUUGGCCAGAGGGGCAGGGUCCUCCUGUGUAAGGACGUGGAGAAUCAGCUCUCGCCUCCCCAGGGUCCCCGGGGCCAGAGGGACCCUGGCGUCCUGGCCCAGAAUGGCGUGGCCCAGGGAGAGCAUCGAGAGGAGAAGCUCGUGGAUGCCAAGGAACUGGAGCAGCUGUGUCCCCCAGCAGGGGCGGCGGGCCAGCCGAGCCCCAGCCCCACUGACCCUGCAGCCCCUGCCAUGUGUGAGGAGACACAGCUGUCCAUGCUGCCACUUCAGGGGUUCAGCCUUCUGGAGAGGAGGACACCAGAGGCCAUAAUGGUCCCUUGUACAGACCCUGAAGCUACCCUGCCACCCCAGGACACAGGCCACAGCCUCCUUAGUGAAGGACAGGCUGCCCGGCCAGCUCACCUGAGACAGUAGCCAGUGUCCGGCCGGCCGGCGGGGAGCCCCCCAUUCUCAGGUCAAAGGCAAGAUUUCUCCUGUCACGUGAGAGGUGGACAGUCCUGGGGGGCAGCCCUGCGUUUCUGUCCUGACUGAAGGAUGGGGACCCCUCUGGGAGGUGGAGGGCCCCCUGCAGGAGCUCCCAUCCCUGGGCUGAUGUCCCCUCACUGCUGCCUGGUACCCAUGCAACUUGGAACUGGACUAAUGUUUUCCUUUAAAAGUCAGAACUGAAAAAGAGAGAGAAGGAAGAAAGGAGAAGGUGAAUUAGACUCCAAAUAUUGCCCCUGCUGUGCCGGGCCCGACACAGUCCCCUGCCCGACCUUGUUUUCUCAGGAUGGACUUCGCUGUGUUAGCGCUCAGCACCUACCUCAGCCGGAAUGAAUGUCCUCGGGGAGGGGACGGCACCCUGGGCCCUGCCCCUCAGAGCCGAAUGCACGCCUACCUCAAGCCCCUCUGUGGGCUCCCCUCCCGCCCUCAUUGUCCAGAGUUUAAAAAAAAAAAAAAA